GCCGAGCUUGUCGUUCCGGUAGCAGGUCCUUUCUUCAGUGCCUAAAGGCUGACAAGUUGAAUUGUUAGAGUUGGCCCAGGGAGAUUAUGUCAGGUCCUUCCAGAUCUUGUCCAAGGCCUUGAUGUCAGCACUGAAUCCUCAAGCAUUGGUAGCAGUAGCUCAGAAGACCUUGGGUGUGGGAAAAAGAAGGGGUCCACCUCGAGCAGUCUGCCUGCACCUAGCUGGAGAAGUCAGAGCUGUAGCCAUGGGGCUGAAGCCAGCAGUACUGUAUGAUUGCAAUGCUGCAGAUGCUGACCAGGUUCAGAGAUAUGUGGGAGAGCUACAGAGGCUGGGCCUCUUGCUCCAGGCACUGCACAUUCUGGAGUUGGGGGAAAACAUCCUGAUUGUCAAUCCUGUGCAAGUGUGUCAGCAUAUACAGCAGGUGCUGUGCAGCCCUGUGACCUUCGUGGAUAUUUCAAGCUUCAGAUCUCACCCUGCCCUCUGCCCACUUGAUGAGCUUGGAGAUUUGAAGGACCACUUGGCUGAGAUCAUGACACAUUUACAGAGCCUGGAGGGGAAUCCCCUCUUGCCCAUCUCCCGAAGUGAGCUCUCUUCUGCUGGCUGGAAUCUUUGCACAGUAUUUGGGAUUCUCCUGGGCUAUCCUGUCCCCUAUUUUUUCCACCCAGCCCAAGGGGACAGCAAUUGUUUGGCCCUGGUUCAACUGCGUGUGUUUACUGCUCAAACUUCAUGCUGUUGGCUCACAGGCCUCCCCCAGAUUCAGCUCUAUUCUUUCAGUGUUCCAGAGAGCUUGUACCCAGCCCUGAAAGACAUACUAGACAUGUGGGGGGAGGACCUCAGGGCUCGAUAUGGGGCUCAGGGUGAUUUUGUUGACCUUACCAUUUCUACUGAGGUUGUCACAUUGCCUUCAGUGGUACUGUGAUUCUGAUCUACUUCUGCCUGGUAGGCACUCAAUAAAUGGUGAUGAUUA